AUGUCCAGGUCAUUCUAUGUCGACUCACUCAUCAUCAAGGACUCGGCCAGACCUGCGCCUCUGGGCGAGCACACAGCGCAGGACUUCUUCAUCCCCAUCGGUAUGCACGCGCCGGGUGUGAUGGGUAUCCCUGCGGCCGCGUGCCCGUCCCGGAAAAGCGGAGCCUUCUGCGUCUGUCCGCUCUGCGUCGCCUCGCAUGUGCACUCUCCCCGGGCUGGCCUGCCUCUGCUGAAGGCUCCAGGAUUCCCGAGCGGAGAUGCGCCAUACUGCCAACGGCUCGCACAGCAACAUAACACCGCGCCCGUCUGCACGCCGCCCGCUUACAGCGUCACUGACCCACGGAGGUACCAGUGCCUCUCCAUAGGUGCGUCGGAUAACGGCCACGUUCAGAACGGAAAGCGCAUGCGCACGGCCUUCACCAGCACGCAGCUUCUCGAGCUCGAGCGCGAGUUCUCCUCGAACAUGUACCUGUCGCGCCUGCGCAGGAUUGAGAUCGCAACGUACCUCAACCUAUCGGAGAAGCAGGUGAAGAUCUGGUUCCAGAACCGGCGCGUGAAGCACAAGAAGGAAGGCAAAAGCGCGCAGCGGAGCGCGCACGCGGGGUGCAAGUGCUCUGGAAACCACGCACCUUACCCGCGAUCAGAGGACGAGGAGUCCCUCUCACCUGCCUCAGCCACCGAGGAGAAAGAGGGGUCGCCGAUUUAA